GUCCAGUAUUCUCUUCCGCACAAUUCAGAUGCAGUCACUCACUGUAUUGCAUAUCUUGCCUGAAUGUGCAGCAGUCCUUCCCCGUCACUUCAGCCUAUCUAAAUACUGAAACAGGACCCUAGUGCUCCAGCGCUUCAAUACUUCCUGUUAGAGAGAGAUGUAUUCUCAGCUAGCCAACAACUCGCACCAGAACUUUCACAACACUUUCAUGUACCCGAGCAUAUGCUCUCUCACAUGUAUCGGAACUCAAAUGGUUUCUUCAGCUUCGAGGAAUCUUUCGAUAAGCAUGGCAACCUUCAAUCAUAUGACACGAUUUUCCGCGUCUUAGUCAAAGUCGUCGCGCAAAACAACAUGCCAGGCUACACGUGGCACGAAAUGACCUUCUUUUCGUGCUGGAAUCCUACCCGAUCCUUUAUACUGUGCAUUGGAAUACCGCCUUCAUUUCAAAUAGCCCUUCAAAACACCCUACUCCAAAUGUGGCCUGGGAUACCGCCUUCGGAACCGUACUCGUUGCAUGUGCCGCUUGUAGAGACGAUUGUUGCCAUGCAAGAGUUAUCUGUGUGGUCUGUACGAGACGUUGUGCGUGAUAUCGAGAAGGAUCGUCAGACUCGGGAGAUGCAUAAUUUCCUGAAGUUGCAUGAUCUGGCGAGACACGCCAUCCAUUCUUUCGAAUCGCUCAGCGUGUGUAUAGAGACACUUGGGGCUCUUCAGCAACAAGUUCUGGAUCUUACGAGUAAGACCAAGCAGGGAAGCGGAAAACCUACUGAGGCUUCUUAUAGAAUACGAACGUAUAUAGAUGCCCAGAUCCGGAUGCUUCGCAAUCUGCUGCUGCGCGCUCAAUCCAGCAAGGAGCGACUGCAGAACGAGAUCGCUCUUGCUUACAACAUAAUAGCUCAAGGAGACAGCAAGGUAAUGACUGACUUAGGGAAGUCAGCAAAGGAUGAUACUACUACGAUGAAGACAAUUGCAGUAGUGACUAUGGCUUUUCUACCCCCAACGUUCAUAUCAGCGAUCUUCAGCACGAGCUUCUUCAACUUCACACCUGAACGGGAUGAUUAUGCCGCGACUUGGUCGGUUUCACACAAGUUCUGGAUCUAUUGGGUAUUUGCGAUACCACUGACGGGUUUAACGAUGGGAGUUUGGUUAUUGCAUCAUAAGCUAAGAGGGAUUAAGAGAAGAACAUGGCUAUCACGCCUAACAAAGGGGUUGCUUCCGAAGUAGCCAUCAUCUAAUCGCCACCAAUGGGUAGCUGCGCCUCAGCAACUAUAUUCUCUUUCGUUCCCGCCGUCCUUGUGUUCUUCCCACUUACUGCAACCUUAGCUUUCUUAAUAGACUUCCCA